GCCGUGGUUGGAAUACUGGGAAACUGCUUUUCUCUUCUGAUUCUCCUCAGACCAAGUCUACGGAACGUGUUCCAUCUGCUUCUUGCAGCUUUGUGUCUCUCUGACACAAUUUUCCUUAUCGUGAAUAUGCUGGUGGAUCCUCCAGAUUUUAUAGCUGGUUGGAUAGAUAUGAAGCUUUUGAGAGUUGGAGCUGAGAGUUCCUGUCAUGUUACCUUAGCUCUCAGUAUUUUCAUCAUCAUGGGAAUCACUCUGGAAAGAUAUCAGGUUGUACUGACCAACCCCUCUAUUCGCCAAAGUGCAGCAGAGAAGAGUACAGGUGUACUUAUCUUGAAGUUCCUCACACCAGCCCUAGUCUCAGCUGUACUCUUUAACCUUCCAAGAAUACUUUCCAAAAAUGAAUCUCUGCAGUCAAACACAGAAUUCCUGAGGUUCCAGAUAAUAUUCCAACUAUUCCAUCCUAUUGGAACUACGGGAUUACUUCCUCUAAUUCUUCUAGGAAUUCUCACAUUCAAAAUGUUCACUAGGAUUCCACUUAAUUCCUCAGUUCAGGGUCAGCCCAGGGAAUUCCCAGUUCAGAUGCAGGUUCAGACUUCUGUCGAUUCCGGGAAUCAGGAGAUUCAAACAACAACAGUUCUACAGAAUCGGCCUAUCAGGAAGAGAGCUAGGGACUUCAAGCUAGCUCAGCUAGUGAUAGUGUUGGCUCUGGUCUUUCUUACACUAAACUUUCCUCGCCUUGCUAUUGGAAUAUAUGAGGUCCUACAGCUGCAGAAAAUAUUAAACUGUCAGCAAGGCGGAGAGUUUUACUUUCCUCCAACUCUUCAAUGGAAGAUGGACAUUUUUGCUCAGCUUGGAGCUGUUUUGAAAGCUUCCUUAAACCUUCUGAUCCUCUUGAUUCUAGACGAUUCCUUCAGGAAAACUAUCGGUAGGGUUUGUCGGUUUAAAGUCAAUCCUAGUAAUAAACGAACAGAUACUAGACGGUCAGUGGCCAGUGGAGAAGAAAAUGAAACCCGUCUUUAGAUCUUUUGAUAGAAUUAAUUUAAGAAAUGAAAUUGAAUUUAUUACGAACAAAUCAGAUUUUGGAUGAAAAAACUUUUUGAAAUUUACUUUGAUCUACAGCUGACUGAAAAAUAGAACCAAUAAUCAAAAACAUAAAUGUACAGGGUUACCCACAACCAAUGUACAGGGUUACCCACAACCAAUGUACAGGGUUACCCACAACCAAUGAAUGUACAGGGUUACCCACAACCAAUGUACAGGGUUACCCACAACCAAUGUACAGGGUUACCCACAACCAAUGGAAAUUUAACUAAACCUUUUUUGAUACAGGGUGUCCCACUAAACAGACAGUUUAGAGAUGACAUGACGGUUUGCUUUGAUCUUUACUUGCAGAGCUCGGUCAUUCUUAAACCAGUUUUAAUAAUAACAAAAUUGCCCAGGCCUUUGCAAUUUUAAAAAUGAAAUAUUUAGUUUUGAAAUUGACAAAGAUCAAGACGAUAUUCAAGUCCUCUCACAACUGUCAUGUUUCGUAGGACACCCUGUAUCUAAGAAGGUUUAGAUAAAGUUUCAUAGGACACCCUGUAUAAACAUUUUUUAUUAAAAUUUCUUCCCCUAAUAUAAUUUCUUUGCUCAUUGUUAAAUGAUUUGGUAAAAUGAACAAGUUUUGAGCUGGGGGAAACCAAAAAUAAGAAAAAGACUGAUAAAAUUAAGUAAAGUAAGAAGUCUCAUCCUGAAUGAGUAACCUUGUAUAUAACCCUGUUAUAUAUUGCUUAAGUGCUGGAGGAUCUCCUUGUAUAUAACCCUGUUAUAUAUUGCUAAAGUGCUGGAGGAUCUCCUUGUAUAUAACCCUGUUAUAUAUUGCUAAAGUGCUGGAGGAUCUCCUUGUAUAUAACCCUGUUAUAUAUUGCUAAAGUGCUGGAAGAUCUCCUUGUAUAUAACCCUGUUAUAUAUUGCUAAAGUGCUAGAGGAUCUCCUUGUAUAUAACCCUGUUAUAUAUUGCUAAAGUGCUGGAGGAUCUCCUUGUAUAUAACCCUGUUAUAUAUUGCUAAAGUGCUAGAGGAUCUCCGUGUAUAUAACCCUGUAAUAAAUGGCUAAAGUGCUGGAGGAUCUUUUAACAGCUUAAGUCCUGAUCCCGAUAUUGCCAUUUAAUCCCAUUUAAUGUUGUCAAUACUAAAUAAAACUGUACAACAUGUUUAUCAAAGCAUAAAAAAUGACCUUAUAUAGUUAAAUUAGAAAACCAAUCAAAUUUACGAAGUAUGAUAAACUAAGAAAUCUUAAAUUUUGUAAUUUUUAUUUGAGUAAUUAACCAAUGGAUCGUUGACCUGGACUAUGUGUUAACUGUUACUUGUAGAAUUCUUGAAACAAUGGUUUGCUUUUUUUGGCUAUAUCAAUAUUGCCGGAGAUUUUAUGAAUUUGUUCAGAUUUCAAUUUAAUAAUUAAACCAAAAUUGUCGAAAUAAAAUUCUUCAAAUCUCCCGUAAUAUUAACAGCACAAAAAGGCAGACUUCAUUUUGGACCAGGGGAAUUUUGUGAUUAUUAACUUUAAAAUUAAGUCAACGCAUGAAUGCCGUUGCUUAUUUUAAACAUCAAAGCAAACCUUCAUGUCGUCUUUCUAGUGGUCAAGUUUCGGGCAUGCCCAAGUUUCCUGGGAUCCUGUAUAAUAGUAAUAAUGUUAAAGCUGUUAAAUAAAAAGAUUAUUUUGUAAUGUAUAGUUUUAUGUAAAUGUACAAAAAUGUCAUAUUUGUUAGAA